AUGAACGUGUCUAAAAGCUUCUGGCUAUGGACAAGGAGCUUUCUAGAAGGGAGGAGUCAGCAAGUAAAAUUACGAGGUGCUCUGUUAUCUAUAAGGCCUUGCCUUACCGGAGUCCCCCAGGGAUCUGUUAUAUCACCAACAUUGUUUAAUGUUCAUGUGGAUGACCUCGAAGACUGCAUUCCCAAUCAUCUGGACAUCAACACGCACAAAUACGCAUAUGACUGCACUCAAGAUGAAGUGAUUCCAUAUCGUUCUCCUAGCAACAUGCAAGAGGUGCUUGAUACAAUGAACGACUGGGCACUCAGAAACAAGACGAAACUUUACGCAAAAAAGACGAAAGACAUGUGGAUCUGCUUUAAAGCUGCAAUUCCGGAACCACCAUCACUUAAGAUUGGCAAUGAUACGAUUGAAAGAGUAAACUCGUUCAAGCUGUUAGGUCUUUGGAUUAAUAAUACCCUUAAAUGGAACACCCACAUUGAAGAAAUUACAAAGAAAGCAAACAAACGCUUAUUUUACCUACGGGAAUGUCGUCGAUCAAAUCUACCAACCUAA